AUGGGAUCGCCUUUUCAGAUGCAACAGUUCUUCAACACAGGGUCUUUGGCGGUUGACACAAGUUCGAAGUACUUCAAGGACGAGGACAACACACUCCUCGACGAUUCCACAUUAGACCAGUCUAACCUGGACUCCGGUCUUGAAAUGUCUCCUCACAUGGCUGAUAGUAGGAGAGAAUCCUUCGCCGUCGGCUCCUCGCUCAUUUCGCCCAAAGCUGAGGCCUGGGACUCCGUAGACAUGCAGUCUAUACCAUCAACGACAGGCUACUCUGAGCACCCCAACAGCAACAAUCCAUUCAUGCGGUUAGACCAAAAUCAAGCCUUUGCCUCUCAAGCCGCCCCCUGGGGCUUGGGCAACUCCUCUGGGACCUGCACGCCCAUGCAGCAUUUUGAUAGCCUCGCCGACUUCGACUCGGGAGCUUCACUUUUCCACCGUACCAUGGCGACCCAAGGCCCCUUCAGCAACCCCAGUGGCAACAUGUUCGCUGGACUCGCUUCGGGGACAGCUACAACAGGUGCCACCAUCCAGUCAAACGCCGGCCAGCCCAUGUCGAUGCGCAAGGACUUUGGCGGUCUGCAAGGACAAAAGAAGCUUCCUGCCACGCCUUCCCUCAUUUCCCAGUCGACGGAUGAGCAGGAGAUCAAGGAACUCAAGCAGCAGAAGCGUCUUCUUCGCAACCGACAGGCUGCCCUUGACUCUAGACAGCGCAAGAAGCAGCACACCGAGAGGCUCGAGGAUGAGAAGAAACACUUCACCGGCCUCGUGGGCGAUAUGGAGGAAGAAAUCGGCAGCCUCAAAAACAAGGCUGACGCGUACGCCCGGGAGAUCCAGUCCUAUCAGGCCUGUAUUGAGGCGUUGACUCUCGAUAAGGAGGAGCGCAUCCGCGCCCAUACCAUCGAGACGGGCGAACUUCGAAAAAGAUUAGCGUCUUGA